UAGCAUGUUGGUGAAGCCCUCGCAAGGACUGUCCAUCAUAAUAGCCUAAUAGUAGCCACAAUGACAGAGUAAUCUUGCGAUAAAAUUGUGAUAACAGAAUAAUUUCCAUUUCCGAGAGACCAAUCGUGCCAUGUCGCGAGUCCGCGCGCAGCAGCCCUUUAUCGCGGUUAUUCAGGCGAGGAACUGAGCCAAUACCAAUAAUCGUAACUUUCGGGUAGAGAAUCGGAGAGCGGAUGACUUCUAGCCGGAAGAAGGGUAUGGCAAUUUACGGGAAUACCUAAAAUACGGUCUCUUUCAGUCAUCGUUCUAUUAAAUAUUAGUGGAACGUAAAAUAUAUGGAAACUGAACAGCUUGAAAUAAAUAGAUUUACUUUGAAAGAACUUUAGAGGGCAGAAGUAGCACUAUGUUGCCUUUUAUGCAACAGCGGCAAUCGGUUUUUAAGUAUCGCUAUAACUUUAUACUUGCGUUAAAAACAAAAAUAAAAGCUGUCAAUUUUUCCUCUAAAACUUUUCGUAAUAAAAUGAGAAAAAAUAAAGUAGCAUAUAAGGUCUGCUGGCAAUUACCGACUAGGACACCAAGUUAUUUUUAUAAUUCUUUGAGUUCAAUAGAAAAUUUGACAAUUAUUUAUUUGCAUAAGCUCAUCAGACGCAGCUACAAGUGUAAAACAAUUUUAAGAAAUUCCAGUUCAGACAUUAAGAGGAGAUUUCAACACUUGUUAUAUAACAGAAGAGUUCGAAAUUUAUUACUUAAAGGUUGGGCUAAACAAUUAACUAAUGCGGAUGAGUCUUACUCCAACAAUUUACAGAAUCUUUUAAAACUUCGCGAACAACUGCUUAUAGAUCGAACAAUAUAUUUGACUUCUUGGUUUGAAAUACAAAAGGAACGGUUCAAGUCUAAAGGACUUCUGGCAAAAAUUUUAAAAGUUAAAGAAAAACAGCAACGACUUAUGCUCAAAAUGGAAGAGGAACGUCAAUAUUUAAAAAGAUUACUGCGCUUUUAUCGGAACAAGUCAAAUUUAGUCGCUGAAAAUUCACAAAGCCAGUCAAUUUUAAGAAAUACAAUGGGAUAUCAUAGGCCUUGCUAUUUACCUAUGUUUGCAGGAAAUACCUCUACGGACUUAACCCAAGAAUUUGUGCGUUGCAUACUAUUGACGCAUGAUAUAUCCAGCUCAACGAUCUGUAAACAAAUUGUUUGUAAUUUACAGUCAAAGAAGUUCUGGAAACAACUUAAUAAACUUCUAAUUUUUCAAAAUAAUCUCCAAUUCAAAGAUAAGAGAACACUUUCAUAUACAAGUUUUGUUGCUGCGAAUUUUAUCAGUCGAAACUUAUUACUAAAAAAAACUUAUCUAAACGAAAGAAACUUUAUUAAACAAGCAGCGACAAGAAAAUUAUAUAACGAUAAUUCUGUUUUAAGACUAAUUGCGAAACCUACAACUCUUAAAUGUCAUCCGAUUAUCAGCCCUCUUGAAAUGAAGUGUGAGAAGUGUCCACAGAAAAAUAUAUUUGCGGAUAGAGAGAUCGCAGUUGGUAUAGAUGAAGUCGUCCAAAAUGCAAAAAGUUUGCCCCAUGCAUGCGUUCGAGAACUUCUAAAUUGGGCUUUACGAUGCUUUCUGAGUACAAUAAUUCUAUUAAAUAAAGAGCCUGUCCAUUUUCCUCCAUCUUCGGUAUGUUAUUUAAGUAAAAGAGAGGGAUCCUAUUCUAAUAUAUACAAGCACUUUAUCCUGGAUAUGACUUUUGAAGCACUGAAGAGUCAUUUGAAAGUUAUUAAGAAAGAGUCUAAAAAUGUGAAAUGUUCGAGUUCUCUUCCCAAUAUUCUAAGCUCGUUGCGUUGCAGACCCCUUUCAAUAUGCAGAAGUGAAAAUACAAAUAAUUCAGUGAAGAAAAUCAGUCAAAAGCACUCUGGAAAUCACUUGGCUAGUCACGAUCGUUUUGAAAAAAUCACGAAUACCGAAGAAUAUAAUGCAGACGAACGCUGGCAAAGCCAUCCUUAUAAAGAAUGCGAGCUUAUUAAACUAUUGAUUAAUGAACUAAUGGUCCAGCAUAUAAAACAGAUUGUUAAGUGUGUAUUGUUUGACAAUUAUCAGUGAACAAUUUGUUUUCGGUGACUUAAUGUACUAAUAAACAUUAUUAUUAUCU